GUUGAGAAAAAAAAGUGGCAUUUCCCCUCCCUUCAAUUAGCUGCGAUUUCUCCAAUUGUUUGUCUUAAUCAUUGAAAUUUCUGAAACAUACUAGGGAAGAACACAGGAAGGUUCUGCGAUUUCAGGAUGGGCAGAUCUGAUGCAGGACCGACUGUUCAUGUGCGCACCAGACGUGAUCCUGUGGUUGACUUUUGCAGGAACUGGUGUCCACCACUUGUGGGGGAUGGGAAGAGGAAAACUGUGUACAUGCGCUUUGGGACAUUCCUGGCUCUGCCCUUUGCGCUCUGUGCUGGAUUAUACUUCCACCACAACAGAGGUCCUUCUGAAAAGAUGAAACAUUACUACAAGAGGCUGGACCAGAUAUAUGACUAUGAUGAUGAUGAACACACUGAAUCAGGAUGGAACAAGUCCUCAUGGUUCCUGCUGACAAUGUCAGUACUUGUAGUGGUGGUCUAUGCCUUCAGAUCAGUGAUCAGAAGAAAGCCAGAGUUGAUACCUGGGUCAGGAAUAGCAGAAGGUCUCAGACAAUGGGCUACACCAUCUCCAUCAGCAAAUAGUCCUCUGCCACCCAGUGGGGACACAGUGACAAACCUUGGAUUUGGGGCAGGACAAACUUCACCAACUCUUUUGAACCCUGAGUUUCACCAGAGGAGACUAGGAUCCUUCAUUGUCCAAAUUUACUUGAUGAAGGGUUCCAGGACUCCCAUCAACACAAGCAAUCUUGGUUACCUGUCUUCCUUCCUGCUCAAUGCUGAUGUAUUCCUGUCCACCCUCCAAGAGUUUUUGAGGGAGUCACCUAAAGCAGUUAUGAUGAGCAUGUGUGGGAGAUGCAAGGCUAGGCUGGAACACCUAUGCCCCAGGUGCUAUGGACACUGGCAAAGUCAACACCAGCAAUGGCAUGCCCCUCAUGAUCAACUCCACAAUAACUGUCACAACUUGAGGGAAGAAACAGCUUCAGAGACUGGAGAAAAAACACCAGUGACUCUGGAUGAUACUGUGGAUCAGGAACCUGAGCUCUGUGAUGCUUGUCACAAUGUGUUUGAGCCCUUUGACACCCCAGUGAAGAAGGAAGAAGGCUGUGGGUGUGGUUGUGGGAAGAAACCAUCUUCCAACAAUAGGAGCCACUCAAUAAUGAGUACCCCUGUCAGCAAUUUUCUUGGAAUUCAGAAAAUGGAUCCAAUGUUCAACUUGCCAGGCCAAGGCCAAGUCAUAUCCUCAAUUCAAAGCUUCCCUAUGGACAAGCUUGGGGAACUUGCUGAGAUCCUGACUCCAGAGCAAAUAGCAGAACUGUGUUCAACUAUUGGAAUUGGAAAUAUGUUAUCUAUCCUAAAAUCCUCUUGCAACAUUUCUACUUUAGCUCAACUUUUCUUGGACUCAGCUAAAGAAGAAUUGGUGGCAGUAGUAACACAGGUUGAUCCAAUGGAGACAGUGGAGCUCUUGAGCCAAGGACCAGAUCUUUUCAAGGUCCUGCUAUCAUCUUUGGGUUCUGCCAGUCUUGUGCACUGCCUCAAGGCUUUAGGAGGGUCAACUUUUGUAAAUUUGCUGAGAAAACUGACUGUGCAUGGAGUGACAGCCAUGAUGGCCCACCUGGGAACAGCGCUAUUCAUAAAAUCUGUCACAGGCAUGGGGGCAAAUGCUAUCGCAAAUGUCAUCAAGUCACAGGGCAUUGAAAAAGCAGCAGAAUAUAUCAGACUAAAUGACAGAGUAAUUCUCCAUGACAGUAUGCCAAAAAUUCCAGAAAAGGAGGCUCAAGCUGAGGAGGCAAAUAACAGGAAAAGCACUUGCGAUUCAAAAGAAUCAAAUCAGUUUGAUGUGGACAAUAACUCCCAACAGGAAGAAAAUGUGAACAAGUUGGUGUCAAAUCCAACAAUAGCUGAUUCAACUUCUCAGCCUAAAUUGGAAAAACAGCAUGUCCAAGUCAGCACUGAGGCACUCCACAAGUGCCCCAGCAAGCAGUUGCAGAAGGACACAAGUGCCCUGGCACAGCUCACUAAAACCUUGAUGCAUGAUCUUCAAAGAUACAUCAUGGAGCACAAGGAGAACAAAGUCGCAAGACUGCAGUUUGACCGCCUGGCAGAGAACUUCGCAUCCGCCUUACACGACUUCCAAGAGUACCAAAGAGACAUCGUGACGCAGGAGCGGACCAAGUGCGAGGAGAACCGAUGCUUUCUUUCCGGCGACACCGGCACCAGAGCACCACUGGUGGACCAUCACGAACCAUCGACCCUCCAACACGAAUUACUCCUCGACAAUGACACGGAGUCCCUGGAAGAACGACGAUUGGCCAUGCAGAGUCUAGAGCGAGAAAUCCGAGAAGUCAAUGACAUUUUCAAGGACCUCGCGACCCUGGUGCACGAACAGGGCGACGUCAUGGACAGCAUCGAAGCUAGUAUCGAGACCGGUGACCUGAACCUGGUCCGGGGACUGGACGACCUGGAAAGAGCGAGAAGGAAAGCCAACCAGCGCAGGACCCGCAAGGUCAUGAUCUUUGGAACGAUCGCCGGCGUUCUGGCUUUGGUCAUAGUUGUAAUUCCGAUAGGGGCUUGA